CCACCCCGAUAGCCAGAAGUCACUGCCUCACCACUGUGAGUACUACUGAGUACUCCUAGAAGCACUGACAAUGGCCGCCUCAAGCGCUUUCACGCCGAAGGCGUCCCUGACAAAGGCUCCCACCAACCUGAAGGAGGCCAUUGACUGGGUCCUCAGGGUAACUGGUAGGGAUGGAAAGUCACUGGACGAGAAGAAUGGUGAAUGUAUAUGUGGCCUGGCGGCGGCAGUGACUGACCUACUGCAGUCAGUAGAACUGGAGUACAAUGGAUAUCAAGGAGAUACUAAUGGCGCUGAAAAGAACAAAGGUGCCAAUGCUGAGACAGUCAAAGGCCACCUCAAUGGACUAUUCUCCCUAGUCCAGGGACUAGGUGGUACCGCAGUGGUACGGACAUAUAUAGACCAGUUGGCACAGGUACUCAGUGCACUCGUUGGGUGGAGUAGGAUAAAGGAGUGUAGUAGUGGCAUGUGUGGUGGCAAACCUCAUAGCGGUGGUGGCACUGACUGCGAGUAUCUAGAGGAUGUACAAAAGAAUACGCCAUGUGACAAGUGUGGGUGUAUGAAAUGGGUAGUGACUCAUCCGGACAGGGAAGGAACACCACUGGGAAGGAGAUGUACAAGGUGUAGUGGUGAUAAGAAGGAGUGUAAGUGUGAUAUUGGUGGUGAUGCCAGCUGUAGUGCUGACCAGGAGUGCCAAUGCGCUAAAGCAGGCAAAUGCUGCAAGUGUUGUUGUAAGGAGAAGUGUGGGAACUGUAAGAAGGAGUGUAGUUGUGAUAAGGGAAGCAGCCAUGUCAGUGAUGAAUACAAUAAAGACAGCUACAUGUCAGCAUACCCUAGUAGAACGGUCUUUACGAGACAGUCAUUCAUCCAUUCCGAGAGAAUUGAUGCCAAAACACGUUGGAACAAUGUUACAAGUAGUCCUAAUCGUCAUCACUGUGCUCGUAUCCUCCUGGGCUCAGUAUGUCUCAUCUGGAGUGGACUUACUUAUAUGUAUUGGACAGGCAAGUGGGCCGAGACUAGCCCCCGGUGGAACAACCACAUCCUAGAUGGUAGUGGCCUAGAUGACGGUACCCUAUCCCAAUGGCUACAGGCCCUAGGGUUCCCCCAGGCUAUGUUGAACAACCAUGGUCCUGGAAAUAGACUUGAUGAGGUUAUUAACAGUGACUUUGUGCAGAAGUUUUUCAUGGGAUACGCGGAUACUAGUAACAACAGUGGUAGCCAUGGCCAGGACAAGGAUGAUAACACCUUUAGGAAUCCAGCUGGAUUGAAUAUUGGUGGUUUCAUUCACGCUAUAAACAAAGGUGCAUUUGGUAAGACCAGCAAUGUCUUUCCUAAGAACGGAAGCUCUAGUUCUUCGACUGGGACUGUACCUGACCAAAACAAGAUCGGUGCCAUAUUCAAGCUCUACAUUCUAUCAUGUGCCUACUUCACUGGGUUACAGAAAAAGACUCCGCCAAAGGCGGACAAUCGGAAUCCUAAGACAAUCCGUGAAAUCCUCUAUUGGCUUAGUGCAUUGCCCUAUAGUCAGGCAUACCCAGAGAUACUGAAGCAUGGUAAGAGUGCACUAGAGAAGGUAUCCCCUAAAGAUAAAAAGCUUUCAUUUCACCAAGAAGGCCGUUGGGCUCCCAUUACAGUUGAUGAAUUCAACCUGUUUGCCCACUUCCAAGCAGUUACUCAGUACUGCCCACUGGUCCUCAUAGGUAUCCAAGGAGGAUUGCAUAGCACUGACACGACUACUCCCGCCAUCCACUCCCUCUAUGCCAACACUGAAUGCCACUUCACCUAUCCCACUGUGUCCAUCCAAGCAUACAACCAGGUGGUACACUACAUUAGGGCUCUGUUCUACCAAUUGUACUUCCUAAGGAAGCAGUGUGCAGUGAAGGUGACUUGCGGAGGCAAAUGGCGUGAAUGUAGGUAUGGCCAGGGGGUAGUCUCCAAGGGGGUCAUUAGCUGGAUGUGCCUGGGGUGUAACCCCAUGGAGCAUGAUAGGAAAUGUAGGGUUGAUAAGGUAAAGGGGGAAUUGAAAAUAGUGCCCAAGGGGAAAGAUCCGAAGGAUCUCCCAGGGGCCCUAAAGGAAGUACUUGAGAAAAUUGGUGAGGUAGUGGUACAAUUGGGUAAUGCCCAGGAGGCAUUGGAAGAAAAGAAGACAGAGGGGAUUAAGGGGGUGAUAAGGACAUUAGGGGCGGCUAAGGGGGCAGUAGAUACGGCUAGGACGGAACUAGAGGCGGCGGUGAAGAAGGUUGGGCUGGAAGAUAAACUAAAGGAGGCUAAGGAUGCACUAAACAAGCUGACGAGUGGUGGUGGUGGAAUACUAGAGAAGUUACUGAAUGAGGGACUAGGGAAGGCCGAGAAAGAUGGAAAAGAGGUUGAUCCCGGUAAGAAUGCAGUGAGUGCUGCUAUCCAUGAUAUACGGAAAGUAGUAGACGCAUUGAAGAAGGGAGUCGAGGCGCUGAAAUCGAAGGAGGUGGAAGAUGCCAAGUUUGCGAUUGGUGACAUUGUUGGUUCAGGUGUGGCUGAUACAGAACUGGAAAAUAUCCUUCAACAAGGACUAUCCCACGAGUACACCACACUCCUCCAGGCCAUCAAAAAGCUCAUCUCCAUUUGCAACACCGCAAAGUGCAGUGCAUGUAAAGAUCACGCCAACAAGUGCGGCCAACAAGGAGAGAAGAAGACCUGCGACAAAUGCCACCAACAAUACAUGGACGGCUUCCCCUCCCCCCUCCAGGCAUUCCUCGAGGAUAGGUUGCCAGGCUUUAGUUGUCAAGAGGUGGUGAACGAUGAGAAGGAAGACCCAAAUUACCCACCCGCCGCAUCCCACUUGGGACACUGUGGUGGUUCCGGCCAGUGCUGCCCACUGCCAAUGGGUUUCAGAGGGCAUUUCCACAAGGGCAGCAUCAGUGAUAUGACUGGCCAUCACCAUCACCUUGAUAGCCUAUAGGACACCAUGAGGUACUGUAUACGAGUAGUAGUACUAUUAU